CCCAAACAGCGGGAAAGAGGCCGUCUCCUCACCACACCACAGCCAGCACGCCACGACGGUGUGCUACCGCCCGCACAACAGAAACAUGGAUGUGUUGUCAGCAGCCACGGAGACCGUCGCCAACAUUGAGGCGGCCGCCAAGGCACAAAGCACCGCGAGCGCUGCUGCUGCUGCCGGUGCUGCCGCCAACACGCCAACAUCCUCGUCGGCGUCCUCGCCCCGACCUAUGUCCCCCGCCAACAGCACCAGCACCAGCAAGGAAGGAGUCAGCAGGGCGGAGGGCUCUGAGAUGGACGUCGAGGACGAGGUGGCUCAAUCGCGCCCAAAGGAGAACGGUGCUGCGCCGCCUCCUGCUGUCUCGCCAGCACUCAAGCUGGCCCACGAGGUGCUGCUCAAGAACGCGGAGGAUAUCAAGUCAGGAAAUCACCCGAAGCUUAAGGCCGAUAUUGAAAUCCAGGGGAAGCUUAAGCGCUCACGGCUCGAAAGCGCCAAGUGCAACUCAGAGCUGAGCAUCACGAAUAUCGAAGAGCUGGGGAGCGCUGAGGCGCGCGAUUCGAACGUCCAGACGAAGGUGGAGUUGGAGCGUACCCAGGACGAGCUGUUGGAUGACGUGCAUCAGCGCAUCAGAAAGGCCAAAGUGGACGGGGGGCUAGUCCCGCCCAACCCUGCUAGAGCGGCAAGCAGCAGCAUCGCGUCAGAGGUAGGUGGGGAGGGGGGAGGUGUCAAGGACAAGGCGGGAGGUGGUGGGAGCGGGGGCUUGCUGUUGGGGAAGAAGCGGGCAAGAUUGAUGCCGGAACGGCGGUUCGAGAAGAUUACGCCCGAAGCUGUCCUGGCAAAAGUGGAGGCGCGGCGCGUUCGCACGGUGGCCCUGUCCGACAUCGAAAUGCGACGAGACUUCCAAGCAAUCAUCACAGACUGGAGGGACCGCGCGAAGAACUACCUCUCCACCUACAACAACUCCCACUGGACGAAGGUGACCGUAUUGCAGGACUCUUUCCGCGUGCGGGGCGUAACGUUUGUGAGAGGAGACCCGGUGGUGGUGAAGUCGCGCGUGACAGGAGAAGAGUUCCACGGAGAGAUCACCGUCGUCAAGCCCAAGAUGGUGUUUCUGUCUCUGUACGGAGGCGUCAAGACUCGCAUCUUUGUGGAGCACAUCAGCACCGGACGGCUGACGGUUGCUCGUGCAGAAGCAAAGAGUAGCGUUGCAUGAGAUGAGGACGACCAGCUGGGCAUUCGCUUAGUUUGGGAGCUUGGCACACGGUUGAACGCAUGCACGAAAAUCUCACGGAAGAGCUGUCACAAAGAAUAGACCCUUUCUACAUAGGCGAGAAGAGGAGGGGUGGGGGAAUGGAGAGCGCUCACGCAGACGUUAGGAGCGGAGCGGCAGAGGCAAGCUUGCCAUGGUUACGUGGCUGCUAGAAAUUGGGCAAUGAGUACGAUACAAUGGUGUGAUGAUCGUGUGUGUAUGUUUGUGAUGCGCGAGGUUGAGCUGGUUUCGAAUGGGUAUUUAUUGUAUGCGAUGGGGAGAGGCCGACGUGCUUUUGUAGACUUUUUUUUUCCCGACGGGAGCGGAGGCCCUUUUCCCUUGACUGUUCUUUAAUAUGUUCGUGUGUCGGCCACGAAAACGCCUAGAGUUGUAUGUGAACCGAUAUGUCUUUUGCUUUUGGGGGAUGGAAGGCAUAGCGGUUGCUUGAAUUAGCCAAAGGACAGCACUGACCGAGGGUUGUCAAUUUUGAUUUUUUUCGGUAAGGGCUUUUACCAUGUAGGAAAUAUUCAAGAAUGUUCUUUCUAGUAAGUGUGUAUUGAUACUCUCAGAGUAUGUGCUUAGUAAAAAAACAGCGUCGUCCGCAGAUUUUCACUAUGAUGCGGCGGUUGUCUACAAUGCACUCCUCUGUUGCAUACCUUAGCGAAGGUUCUACAAAUCAACCACAGCCCACCGGACAAAGCAGCUGCAGGGUGCACCCUGGGGAAAUAGACUACGUUUAGCACCUCAACAUAGGACGACAGAGAGAGGGAAUCUUCCUCGGUGGACGUGGGAGAGAACCGACCUUUGUUAAGGUUACCUCCACCACGCCCCCUCCCCUUUUUUAUGAGCCGUUCUCUUCAUUUUCUCGAGGCUUCAAGGUGUUAUAACGGAACCCAACCUGUUGGCGGCGAGUCAAUUGUUUUCUUCUUAACAGGCUUCUGAGCGUGUUCUGAACAGGCUUCUGAGUGUGUUAUUUUCUUGGCUGCACCACGUCCUCAAAAGUCCAACGAGCUCGUUAUCCUGAACGAAAUUUAGAUUGAAAGUCGCUGCCAGCCCACGGCAUGGCUCGUCGACAGCAACGCUAAUCAAUGCUGCCGCAAUAAAGUGGGUACCUUGUGGAGAUUGCUGCUUAAACCAUUUGGGUCUACAGGCGUCCUGACAGAUCAUAGGUUGAUCAUUUGUAAACGCUGAUGUUGUGGCAUGCCAUGGAGUUGCCGCCCUGUAUUCCUCCACGCCAGGUGUUGGCAAGUCAAUAGGUAGCUGUGUCUUUAUUAUUCGCAUCGACCGCGCUACCCGGUGGCCAAUGAAAAGACGUUAGUGCCAGCGGGAAAUUAUAUCG